AUGAUUUGGUGCUUUCUGUCUCUCGCCGACGACGCAUACGCAGCGCUCAGCUCUCAUUCAAGCAAGGCUGACAAAGAAAUACCUGAUGUCGGAAAAACAGAAACACCCACCUCACAUUCCAUCAUGAAAACUAAACAUUCUAAAGAGGAGCAGGACAAGAUUGAUGAAGAAAGUGUAGUGGAACCAAAAACAAGAGCUCGGAAGAAGGCCUCGGACCUCAAUGAAGAUGACAAAACAAAGUCUCUACAAGAUGAUCCUAAAACAUCCAAAGACCUAAAGAAGAAUGCACCUAAACCUAGAGUAGUUGUAAAGAAAAAGCCUUUAGGUAUCAGGAAGACAAAAACUUUAAGGAAUAAAAAAGUAGCCAUCGCCAAGAAGAAUGUUUUAAGGAAAACUGUCAAGAGGCCUAGGAAGGCUAAGAUUGAAUCUGACACAUCACAAGACAAGGAUAAUAUCCCAUUGAUACCCGCUGCGGAGAUUAAGAAGGAACCGAUCGAGGAGGCCGCAUCUAAUUCACGGUCUUCGAGCCCUAAAACGGCUGGCAGAAGAGUGAGACUUAGUUCUGACAUGGUAAUGAUGAAGUCAGUACUAGGGGAUAGUCCAAGUAGUUUAGUCCUUGGACCCCGCACCAGUCCAUAUUCAAUGAGAUCGGAGAGAAGUAAUAGUCCAUCAUUGUUCGAAGGCAAGAACCUGAGGAGUGGCAAGCCGAGGAAAGUUAAGAGCAAUCUACUCAAUGAAGUUAUGAUGAAGGAACAGAAAAAAAGACGCAGGUUACUCUCAGACUCGAAAACAAACGAACAGACAGACACAGAUGAAUGUAGGAAAUCUAAGAGAGGCCGCUCAUGUUCAAGAGAUGGCAGCGAAAUCUCCAAAUGCUCGGACAUCACUGAAUCAGAUAUAAGCCUCAAUGAACCCAUGAUUGAUGGUGAGGCUAAAGAACUCAGUAAGAACUUAGAUAAAACUAAGACUGACCUAGUUAUAGAUAUUGAAAAUAAUGUACAGAUCUCCCCUAUUGGAAAAGUGCCUUCUCUUAGUGUCGACUCGAAACUGAAAAACAAGCAGGAUGCUGAAACUAGUAUACUAAAAGAAAAAGAUAAGAAGAAACUGAGCUUAAAAAGAAGUACUUCAUUAGAUUCAGACAACAAUAACAGUAAUAGGAUUAGGUUAGAAAAUGUAAAUGUACCAGAUUUAGAAGAGAAAUAUGUGUUGAAGACUGAAGAAUCACGUGAAACGCUUUUAGAACGUAGUAGUAUAUUGAGUAGUAUGUCUAUGACGUUUAACUCGAAGGAAGUAUCUAAGAAUAUAAGGAAAGCUAGGAGGGGGAAGAAAGCUGCGACCACAUCUAGACCAAUAACUAAUCAAGCAAACAAGAAUGGUAUCACUAGUACUAUAACUAACGAUUUAGUUGAAGACAAACACGAAACUGUUGACACACUGUCAAAAGAAAUAAGUGAUCUUAUCAACGAUCUAGACCAAAACAUAGACCGAGAUCAACAGUUGACCAAUGAGUCCGAUGUUAAUACAGAUCACUUACAAACUAAACCGGUGAGGCAAUUCUAUGGACUUUCAAAGCCUCUAGGAGACAACAACAGCAUUGCUGCACCCGAAACUCCAAUAAAAGACAAGGACACAAUAUCUGCUAUAUCAAAUGAAUGUACACCCUCAAAGAAUGAUGACAGUGAAAAUAUAAGACUUCAUUAUGAAGAAGAUUCAGCUGAAAAAUGCCCGGAAAAUAGACAGGAGAUAGCAUUCAAAUGUACACCAGUGGCCAGUAUAGAUAAAUUAAUGGAUAGACUGAAAGAAUUUGAAGAAUUGGAUAAAAGAAGACAAAGGCAAGAAUCUGACUCAAAUACUAAGACAAGCGAAGGGAAAUCAGUUGUUAUAUUAAAUGAUGUGGUUUUGAUACCUAAAUCUGGGGACAUCAAGCCAUUGAAAGACAUGCAACCUGUUAGGUCACCUGAAAAAUUAAUUGAAAAGGAGAAUGUUCUCAGUUGUUUUGAAAAUAACUCAGCUAUAUCUAUAGUUAAGAGGGAUCAAGUGAGGAGAUCUAUAGAUGUGGACUUGCCAAACUCUGUGACAUUGAUUAAAAGGAAUAGUGUUAGCGCCAGAAAGGAAUCCACAAGCUCUAACCACUCCAAAGAGUCUGAUGCUAUCAGUAUUUUUGAGAAGUCUCUGGGCAAGGAUGUAACUUUGACCGAAAUAAGGAAAUCCGUGGAAAAAUCAGCGCCUCAACAGAUAGAUUUACAUCAGUUUGCGACAUUACACCCCAACAGCCCCAGCCAGGCCCUGGCCAACGCAAUAGACUCAAACCAAAUAUCAAUAACCCGUAACAGCGACACAAAGAUGCACAGUUCAAAUGAAGUUCAAAUAACUAAGAAAUCAUCCGUAUCCUUGAUCCGAAAACAAUCUGAAUCAGCCAUUGAUGGGGAUGAAAUUAUGGCUACCAUCGAGAAAAUUAAGUCACCACCUCAAAUCAAGUCGCCACCACCUCAAAUCAAAUCACCACCACAUCAAAACAAAUCGCCAGCUAUAUCUGUAACGCAAACGCCCGUGUCUAUUAAAUCACCAGAGGCCUCACAGCCUAAAGAACCUGAAGCAAUUGCACCACCUUUAGAUAAUGUUAAAUCUAUGCCCGAAGACAUAUCUUUGACCUCGGAAGUCCCAAAACUGGAUAGUGCCAUCACAGAAACGGCUAAAACCGAAACAUCUGUAGGACAGGUUGAAAAUUCAAAUGAAAAUAUAAAAAUAGAAAAAACCAAUCCCGAUGUCGAUAUGGACGAUGAUAGUAGAUCGAUGUCGCCUGAACCUAUACAAGAUGAUGAAAAACUAGACUCAAACGAAACUAAAUCUCAGGAAAAAUGUAGCCAAGCCAAAUUAGGUCCUAAAGUAAAAUCAGCUCGAAACUCUACAGAGCUGCCCGGUCCCAGCAACAUAAUACUAGAAACUCCGGAAAGCCAAAAGCGAAAAGAAAAUGUACUAAGAACACUCGGCUUACUAACACAUAAAGCAGCGAAUGAGGCUAAGAUUGAGAAAUUGAAGGAAAAAGAACGGAUCUAUGGUCCUAAUUACUAUGCUAUGGGCAAGGGUAAAGCUAGCAAAUCAGAUUAUACAGGGACUUUGAAAACAGUGAUCAAACUCAGUCGUGGUGUUGAGCGAGACAAGAAAAAAUACAGAAGUUCAUUAAAAAUGACUUUCCAAAAAAGUAAAAAUAGAUCCGGCAAACCUGCUAUAGAAAUGGGAGAAACAGCUAACGAAGAUGAUGCCUUCUACACCAUUGAAAGACGAGAGGGUUGUCCUGGGACACCGAACGAUGGUGGGCACAGAAAAUCUCAUUACAGUAAUCGGCUUAACCAUGACACAGAUACAGUUCCUGAACCCGAGCCAAAGGAAACAUUAAAUCUCGUGAUCCCAGAAAAGGCAUCUUCAUUCAGCAUUCAUCCGGGGAGGCUGUGCAUGGACCAGUGCUUCUAUUGUGGAGGAAAAUUUGGCCUAUUUGAUACACCAUGUCAUAUAGCGCAGAUGAAAAGCAGCGAACGACAAAGAAAGGUUUUAGAUAAUGAGGAGAAACUAACUAUAGACAGUUGUCUGUGCGAUGCGUGUUAUCGCCACGUCGACAGACGUGCUAACUGUCCGUCCUAUCGUAAACGACCAGUGGCUAAGCCCCCUGAUGCACGAGCACCUACACCUCCCGCAGCUAACAUUGAAAAGCCUUCAAGUCCUGUUGAAGAGGAGAGUGGGGAGGAAGUGUCAGGUCGACUGGCCACUUGUCAUACUACUGGCUGCCUCGCGCCCGCUGAUCACUCCAUACGAAGAAAAUGGCUGAUUAAGAUGAGAUCUAGUGUUAAUAAAAUUUUGCAGUUGGAGGUAGAUUAUCCUGGUCUUCAUACAAUCCCUUUGUGUUCUGAACACCAUCGAGCCCUGGCACCGCUAAUGGCAUGCGCGCUUUGUACCAGGAGAUUAACUAAACACCAUGCAUUACACUUCAUACAUCAUGGCUUCACGGAUUUGAACCCGGUCCUAUCAUCGUUGAACAUACCGGUUCAAUUUACUGAACGCCCCGUGCUUUGUCAAGUGUGUCGAUAUUACUGUACGCUGCUCACACGACCGGGACACAACGACAAGCAUCGCACCGCAUAUACUAGGAAGCUUCUCCAAAUAUACAAUAUUGAAAUACCGCCGGAGCUAUCACAGGAUUCUGACGACACUAAAGUCCUAGAAGACUGCAACAACAGCGCGAACAAACAAAAGAAGAAAGCUCGAACCAAAUCCAAACAAAGGAAAUCAACGGAACCAGAAAAAACAGAAGUUAGAGAGAGUGAAUCAUCAGAGAGAACUACGGAGAGCUCUCCGGAGAAAGAGAAAGUUAAAGAAGACACAACAAAUAUAAUACCAGAAGAAACUAAACAGAAUCAAACAGAGACCAAAACACAAAGCACAACACAAGCUCAACCUAUAGAGGAAGACAUAGAAAGUCUGAUAUCAUCCAAUAAAAUACCAGUUCCUGGAGCUAAACCUACCGAGAGCAAUCCUCAAAGCGAUGCCUCGGAAACUGAUAUGGUUUCCGACCAAGAAACACUCACAUUACCCCUCGACAAACAAACGGAACUGCGAUAUUUAUUGCAGAAACAGAACAACCCAGCACAAUUCCAGCAGAAAAUGAAUCUGACGCAGAAACAGAAGAAUAUACUGAGGAUCCACAACAUGGGCAUACAGAAACCUGGCCUACAACAUCGAAUCAAUGAUAAGAAUAAUAAAAGGGUCCAAAAGAUAGGACAGAUAGUGGCUCACAAAGAAAAAGUUGGCAAAAAAGAUAUAGAGAGUGAUACGACGGAACAAGACAAAAAUAAAGAAAUGUUCCUACUCAAAAACAUAUCUUUGAACGACGAGUGCACUAUAGAAACGAUAUCCAAUAAGAAAGCUGCCGACAUCACAACACUCAAAAACAAAUGGCAGUUAUCAGAAAGCUUCUCACAGGUUAAGAAGAAUUUAAGUGAACUGUCCAAAAAGGCACCGGUUGAUAAAGAUAAGAAAUCUGAUUCAAAAUACUCAAACCCGGUGAAAAGAUUGGAAACGAAUCCGUCGAUAUCAGUUCGGGAACUGUUCCCUGGGGAAGAAGAAAUGAAUCUUCAGUGUAACAUCGAGUUUAAUAACGUUAAAGGGGUCACGCCCGAAGGUUGGGAGAAAUGCAACACUCUCAUACAAUACGACCUGGAAACUAAAAAGUUGUGGAACGAACUACAAAGACCGUACGGCAAUCAAUCAAGUUUCCUGCGACAUUUGAUCUUAUUAGAGAAAUACUUUAGGAGCGGCGAUCUCGUAUUAUCUCACAACGCUUCCCCACAUGCCGCUAAUUAUAGUUCGUCAGUGCAGAGCAGACUUCGCGCUUAUGAUAACACGCCGCCGGAAACUACAAGAAAAGAAUCCGUUAGUUUACUGGAGUACCGCAAAAAACCAUCCAUGAAUGGGAAAAGUCUGCUCAAAUCCAAUCAGAAUUCUGAAGAAAAUCCCAAAAAGUUUAUGCCUCCACCAGGAAAUCUGCCCAAAUCUAAGCCCAAAAACGAAAAAAAGACGAAAGCUUUGCCGCCGGAACUAAUAGCUAUAAACACUCCCAACGCUCAAGGAAGAAAGUCCAUACAGAACGUUCUACAUAACAUUCAACAGUUAGUUAAAGGCGUUUCCGCUUCCGAUCCCACUGAGGUCGCAGCCUCUCCGCUCCCACCGAAAGAGAAGAAAGAAAUGCCCGGCCUUAAAUACGAUCCGCCAAAGGAAAAGAAAGAUAAACAUGAAGCUAAGGAAAAGAAAGAAUCCACUCCCAAGAAAAAGAGCAAUAGUAAAGCUUGGCGCCCAACACUCAUGCCUAUAACACCAGAAGAUCUAACUCGUAUAGCGAGCGAGCCGCGUCGUACAGCCAUCGACGGGCACAGUCUACCGAGUUUAGUACAAGUGAUCUCCGCCGGGCAAAGAUAUCACAUAACCUUCGAGGAUUACAACAAGAUGUGUAAAAUAAGACGUGACAGGCAACAGAGUUUAGAGGAAAAGGAGGCAAAAGCGAGGAAAACACCCGAAGAUAAGACGGUUAUAACUGAAAUACAGACAAGUGCUUUACUUGGCAAUGGAGGCACAGUCUUACAGAACAUACCCACCGAUAAAGACAAGAUAAACCCGCCUGAAAUACAAGUAGCGAAUGCGGCUACUAUACUCAAGAACGUGGGUCUCAGAAACAUCACGAUAGCUCCAAUUACUCCCAAAACUGCCACAGUGACGUCACUCACGCAAACAACCUCUCUGACGUCACCAAUAUUAGUGACGACACCAAUUAAAUUACCUCAGCUUGGCCCGGCAGUGUCUAUAACAAGCGAAAUGGUCACACCCAUUAUGCCGAAAAUACCCAAAUCAUUGACCGUCAUACCACAAACGGUAACAAAUACAGUUGUACCAAACACACAAGGAGAUUUAAAACCAUAG